AUGAGCGCUCAAGUCCACAGCCACGACCAGAUCGAAAACGUCUCAAUGCUCGAGUAUGAGCACCUGGCAGAAGACGACAGCGAGAUUCGGGUGCUCAGUAUAUUUCCAGGAGCAUCAACAGACGACAUCCACAUCCAAUUGUCAGCUAUUAGUUUCGAUGUUCCGGCGGCAGACAUUCCCUCGUACGAAGCGUUGUCAUACACAUGGGGCAGCCCGAAGGAUCCAGUGAGAGUUUUCGUAAGAUGCGAACAUGGUUUGCGAAGCCUUUUCGUGACAAAGAAUUGCCACGAGGCUCUGCAGAUUCUCCGCCGUCCCGAUAAAGCCAGGACGGUGUGGAUUGAUGCCAUCUGCAUCAACCAGAUGGAUGUCAAGGAAAAGUCGAGACAAGUCUCAAUUAUGCGAUCGAUCUAUGGCAAGGCUGCGCGGGUCAUCGUUUGGUUGGGACGUUGUGCAGACGAUAGCGAUCGAGCUAUGGAGUGGAUCAACGCUCUGAGCCUGAGAAUCAAAUACGACAGGCACAACGAUGUUCUUGAGUCUCUUGAUGCAGACCGGCCGCCAGUGACAUCCAGCAAUCCAGGCGCUAGCACCAUGGAAGUCGAAGCGUUCACUGCUCUUCUGGAGAGGCCGUACUUCCACCGAUUGUGGGUUUGGCAAGAGGUGCGAAUGGGAGGAGACGGCACGAAAGUAACAUGCGGCGAUUGCGAGACUACCUUUCAGGCGCUCAUGACUGCUGUUUGCUACUGCAAGCAGAAGGUGGGCGAGAUCAAUCCAACAGUGAUUCGCUUAAACAAACGCGCGACUUUCAUGCAGAGCUUGCCCCUGAACGAUGUAGUCGAUGGGAUGACGGCUCUCGAUCGUCUCAGAGAGUGCCAGUGUACGGACCAAAGGGACCGUAUCUACACCGCUCUUGCAUUCGGUGACUUCUAUGACAGACUUCCCAUGACGCCAGACUACGAAUGCUCGACACGCGAUGUCUAUGUCGACUUCAUUCUGAGGUAUCUCAAGCUUGCUGGAAAGGACCUUCGUUUCCUGCGCUAUGUAGGUGAUUGUGCUCCGCAUGACCCGACGGCUGGAAUAGCUGAUAUGCCUUCGUGGACGCCUGACUGGACUCAGCAGAACAUCACGAGCCCUUUGUCGUUCGGUGUGUGCAGCGGCAGCUCGGCAACCAGUUUUGUGUCAGCGACCCGCGUUCAGUUGACCGUUCAAGGCGUGAGGGUUGGGUCUGUCCAAGAAGUAGCCGCGUUCGGAUGCAACACUCUCGCGAGACCUCUUUACAUGAGCAUAUGCAGGACGUUGCAGAGCCUGUUACCAAACGGCGUCGACGAUGCUCGUCUUCGUCGCCUGGUGCGUGUCUUGACUAGCAGCACGUACGCCGAGCACUUUGUGCCUCCGCCUGGAGGUUACGCAACGAUGGACCAGUGUUCGCGAUACUUGCGUCAAGCUCUUCAAGAGCACGAUCUGUCGUCCCUGGACCCGAAAGUGGCUGCCGAUACUCUGAUCUGGGGCCAGGAACUCCUGCUUGCUCAACGGCAUUUCCAUUUCUGCCAGGGGAGAUCAUUGUUUACGACCAUCGAUGGGGAGAUUGGCGUUGGCCCUGAACAGAUGCGUGAGGGCGACACUCUCGCCAUACUGCUAGGUUGUCAGUACGCAAUGGUCUUGCGACCUAGUGAGGUCGAUCGAGAUUGUUACCGUGUGAUAGGCAACGCUUUGUGCACUCACAUCAUGGAUGCGGAGCCACUGUUAGGUCCGCUUCCCAGCGAAUUUGAAUGCGUUCAAAUUCUCAAUGAAGGGGAUGGCUCCUAUCGUAUGCCUGCCUUCAAGAACAGACUCGAUGGCUCAGUCACUCAUCGAGAUCCACGCCUACCGCCUCUGCCUCCAGAGUGGGAGACGCUUUCUGGGACAGCAACGCAAGAGUUCAUCCUUCACAGCCCUCUUGCUUAUCGGAAUAGCUUGACUCAAGCAGUCUUGGAUUUUCGACGUGACCCACGCAUGGAUGCAGAUGCGCUGAAAGAACGAGGAAUAGAGAUUGAGACCUUUACUCUUGUAUAA